CAUAUUCGUGACAAAAAGAAUCCGACUGAAUUUUCUCUUAAAGCCAUCAGAUCUGAAAUCAGAUUUCACACUAACCCUGGGUUAUAUUAACCUAGCUAGAACAAGCCGGCCCAGAUCCCUAUGUUUUUGUGGGCAUCAUAGGGCAUCAUAAUAGGCCGAGGUGCAGGGAUUAGCUGAGCUGAAAGUUACUUUAUUGCACAAGUCCUGAUAACUCAGAUGGACAAACCAUUUGGACUAGUACAGUCCUCUAUUUUCUUGACCUUGGUGAUUUUCCUAAGCCAUGGCGCAGCCUUACAAAGAAACGCUACAGUCCUUGUGCUCGGUGGUGGGAUAUCAGGAAUUGCUGCUGCGAAGACAUUGAGCGAUAUGGGAAUUAACGAUUUUGUGAUUUUGGAAGGCACAGAUAGAAUUGGUGGAAGAAUGAGGAAGACGAAAUUCCAAGGGACAACUAUCGAAAUGGGCGCAAACUGGAUUCAAGGAGUCAAGGGAAAUCCAAUCGAGAGACUGAAAGAGAUAUGUGGAUUGCAAGGAAAGGUUGAAAACAGAUCAUUUGUUAUUAGAAAUGAAACCGGAAAUAACACUACUGAGAGAGGAAAAAUGGCCCUUCUGAAACAUGAAGAGGAUGUAUUGAACAAAAUGAUUGACAUGCGCCGGCAGAUGGGUGGUGCAGACAUUUCUGCUCGAGUUGGUCUGCGUCUUACAGACUGGCUUCCAUCAAACCCGGAAGAAAUGGCUACAGAGUACUUUGAAUAUGACUUUGAAUAUGCUGUUCCACCUAAAUACGUUUCUCUCCGUGCAGGAAUAGCCAACCAUGGAAUUAUUCAUUCAGUGGGUGGGGAACAGUUUUUUGUUACUGACCCUAGAGGAUAUGUGCAUAUUGUGGACUGUCUAGCAGGAAUGUUUCUGGAACCUGGAGAUUCCCGUUUGCAGUUAAACACAACUGUCGAAGAAAUAAAAUGGAGUGAAAAUGGCGUUAAUGUCGUCACCGACAAUGGAGAUGUGUACAAUGCAGAUUACGCGUUGCUAACUUUUAGUAUUGGUGUCCUGCAGAGCGGAUUGGUGACGUUCACACCUCAACUCCCUGAGUGGAAGUUAGAAGCUAUUUUUAAACUCAGUAUGGUGAUUUACACCAAGAUUUUUAUCAAAUUUCCGUCAAAAUUCUGGGAUGAUGAAGAAUACAUUCUCUAUGCUUCUCAAAGGAGAGGAUACUACACAAUGAUGCAGAAUUUGGAAGCUGAUUCUCGGCUACCCAAAGGGACUAACAUUCUACUGAUAACUGUCACAGAGGAAGAGUCUGUUAGGCUGGCCUACCAGUCCAAUGAAAAGACCCAAGAAGAAAUCAUGGAAGUAUUAAGAGGUAUGUAUGGAAAGAACAUUCCAGAGCCAAUAGACAUUUACUAUCCCAGAUGGGGACUUGACAGGUAUUUUUUUGGAUCCUGGGCAAACCUACCCAUUGGAAUUUCUAGGCAAGACUAUGUUAAUCUUCAGGCACCAGUCAAGCAGGUGUUUUUUGCCGGAGAAGCAACACAUGAGUUGUACAAUGGUUACGUCCAUGGUGGAUACUUGACAGGAGUGGAGCAAGCAAAAAACAUAGCAAAGCAUGUAAAAACUGGAUCUUUUAAUGAUGAAAACAAGGCAGUCAUCUAACAGUAAUGUGUCUAAAUAGAAAAUGUAUGCCGGAGGACAGCACUAAUUUAAAUCAAAAACAAAUUGAAUCAAGAUGACCUUCACCUUGUUACAUGCCAGAUCCACAUACUCUUGAUAAAAUAUAUCACUUCUUGAAUUAUUCUUUCACCUUAUAGUACAUCAGAAUACUAUACACAUGAUAAGCAUUUCAUAUUUUGUAGUUCAAAUAUUCAAUAUUUUCCUUGAAAAACCAAAAAUACUGUAUUUCACAGAUUCAUGUUUGUGAUCCAAUGUUCAACAAAUUUAAAAGUUUGGGUAGAUGGAUCUACUCUUGUAAAGGAAGAGAAUCAGAUAACAAGGCUCUACACUUUAGUUAUUUGAAGGUUACUGGCAAUCAUAUAAUGAGAGUCUUAAAAUUAGCUAUAUAUCAUAUUUGAUUUUAAAAAAUUGACUUAAUUAUGGCCCAAAAUGAUAAAAAUACAAUGGAAAAAACCUUGAAAUAAAAACACCCACAUCUAUGAAAAUCUAAAGUUAAAUAAAAUGUUAAAGCUGCAAGUAACAGUUUAAUAUGGACCAUUCUGCACACUUCAACCUUAAGCUGUUAUCGCAAGUUUUUUAGUAUGGUGAGGGGUUUCAUAACUUGUCUCAGCUUUUCUGAUCUUUGUGAAUAAGUUGACAAAUUGUCACCUGGAAAUUUUGCUUGGUAAAUAUCAGGAUAGGACCUCUCAAACUAUGAAACAAAAUAAUAAAUACAAUCAUGUUUGCUAUUACAAUCUUAGUAACACAUGUUUAAAGCAGGAUGGACAUGAGUGAUGUAACCUGAGUAUAACAACUAAUGACUUGUCUAUUCCUCCUGUCAUACUUCAUUCCUCCUUCUCUCUUCUGUAACCUGCCCCUCCUCCCCCAUUUUAUCUCUGCUACAAACAUUUACAUGUUGUCAUCUUCACCCUUUCCUUGACAGUAAUGGCCUUAUGCAUCCCCUCCUCCCUCCCUGCUCCCCUCCUCCCAGGAACCCUAAGCUGCAGAUUUACAGCCAUGGAAGGAGUAGAAGAUUUUCUCAAGUCUAACAUUCAUGUUUUGCUGAUUGUUUUGGGUAUGAAAAUUUUUUCCACAGUCUUCUUUAGGGCCAGGGAACAAAAUAAAUAACUAUUGUAUAAAAAAACAUACCAGUUUAAGUUGCUUCUUUCUUUCUUUUGUACUUAUACUCUCAUCCUCUACAAUUUUGUUGAGUAGAUCCUUAAGCGAACGUUGAGAUGUAAUCAAGGUCUGUUCUUUGUACUCUUCAGGGGUGACCCUUUGACAAAAUGUUACUGUAGAUGGCACAGUUGACUGAAAAUAUGUGAACAGAAAUAA